AUGUCAUUAGGAACAACAACGAUAGCAAAUCUAACAGAAAACAUUAAUGUUCGUCGUCAAAGUAUAAGACAUUUUAGUGGAAUGAUUAAAUGUAUUUCACAAGAAACAGAACGAAUUACUGAUGCCAUAAAUUCUUAUAUUACAACCUCGUCUAGCUGUGAAAUAUCUUCCAGCUUAUAUAUGCUUUCAAUGUGUAUUCGAUAUAUUGAUUGUCUUGAUGAUGAAGCACAUGUUGCUAGAUUUUUAUCAGCAGUAACUAAAAUAAUCAAAAAAAUACCACGAAAAUAUCAAGUUAUAACUACUCCAAAACAAAAUGAACAGGCAUUAAGAAAUUUUGAUUUAAGUGAAUAUAGAACUAUUUUUGCUGAUCUCGUUGUUCAUUUAUAUGAUGAAAUACUUAAAGAAUUAGAGAAUAACGCAAAUUAA